AUGAGCUCGAGUGGGAUGAAAACCUUCUCUCUCCCGGAAGGGUUGGACUUGUUCUACGUUAAUGACCGGGGAGAACAAGUCAUAAAUCCAGCCGCGAUGCCUUACUUACAGUCAGUUCAAAAGCCUCCAGUUUAUCCAGUCAUCAACAAAAUCGAAAAUCAAGAGCCAGAAAGUAAGAAGCGAAAGAUCGAUGAGAUUUCGCAAGCAGAAUUCAUUGAAGGGAUGAAACAAGAGGCUCCAGAUGAGGAUGAAGAGAAUGUGAUUUGUAUAGAUUCUGACAAUAGCUCGAGCACUUCUGGUCGAUCUUCUCGUCUCACAUCUUCUUUCUCAAUACCGAGCUCUUCUGCCGUCGUUCAGAAGGAAAACCAAGCCCCAGGAAGCUCCUCUGGCCUUCAAGAAGUCCCAUUUGACCUCGUGAAAAUGCUUGAAGAAAUUCGCAACCGUUCUCCAACGAAAACUCUCCCACCACUUAUUGUGCCCGAAUACGCGCAUUUCAAGGUCAAAGUGCAGAACAUGGCCGUAAGGGGGGAGACAAACUCGGUCAGUGCGGAUGGAAAAGCGCAAAAGAAAACGGGAAAGUGGAAGAAAAUUGAAAGAUCUCAACUACAAGAAGUAGACUUGCAAACUAUCGACUGGAGUGAGUGGACUCAAAUGUCGUUCGACCCGGACGGAGGGACUAUCGAUGGCUGUUUUGGGCGAUUUUCUGUAAAGCCUGACAAUACAGUCGAUCGAUGGAAGAAGGACUUAGAGAAAAAGAAAACGAAGCUGCUAAAAAUGGUUGCGAACACAACUAUCGCUGCGGAGGGAUUUAAAAAGAUAACUGUCAAAUUUCUUUGCGAACACAAAGAACCGGAGGUGCAUAGAUUUGAAUACGAGCAAGGCAUGCUUUUUCUGACAAUUCCAAAGUGGAUUCAGAAGAAACUCAGACAUCUCAAGAAGAAAAUUGACUUCAAUAAACAACCACUUGUCAAGCUCUCAAGAAAGUCACAGAUCGCUGAUGCUCUAGAACGGUCUGUGUUGGGAAAUUUAGCCUGUGCUCUGUUGAUGGAGAAUUUUUGGAUCUUCGACAAGAUUCCAAAUACCAAAUUCGAGAAGCAACUGAAUGAGCUUUACCAGCGAUUCUACACCGAGCCAAAGCCCUGUCUUCCGAUAGACCAAGUUCCCAAAGGGCAUCCUGUGCUAAAUCAUCUUCUUAUCGAGCGCGUCUCCAACUCAACGCAGCAAUCAAUCUUAUUCCAAGUCUCAAACCGUCAAAUGUGUAUUCAGAGAUUAUGCGGCAGCACGCUCAACUUGCCCUAUGAAAAACUCUAA